AGCAGGAUCGCGUGGAGGGCGCGGCGCGGGGGUAACAGGGUCUCAGGGCCACCUCUACACAACUGGCCUUGUGUGCGAGAAGGCAGUGAGGACCCGUGUUCACUGCUCCCGCGGGGAGGGACCCAGCCUGGCGCUCCAACCCUGCGGAGCCCCACAUCGGGGGCCUCAGCUCCAGCUCCACCCAUGUGGACCCCAGAUGAGAUUGCUCAGCUGUGCUAUGCACACUAUAAUGUCAAACUGCCCAAGCAGGGGAAGCCUGAGCCAAACCGUGAGUGGACUUUGUUGGCAGCCGUGGUGAAGAUACAGUCUCCAGCUGACCAAGCCUGGGAUAGCACUGAGAAGCAAGUGCCAGUGACAAAGGAAGUGGUCUCAUUGGGAACAGGAACAAAGUGCAUCGGCCAGUCCAAGAUGAGGAAGAGCGGAGACAUCCUCAAUGACAGCCACGCUGAGAUCAUAGCCAAAAGGAGCUUCCAGAGAUACCUUCUCCAUCAGCUCCAUUUGGCAGCUGUCCUGCAAGAGGAUAGUAUCUUUGUUCCAGGAACUCAGAGAGGACGUUGGAGGCUGAGACCUGACCUGUCCUUUGUGUUUUUCUCUAGCCACACACCCUGUGGGGAUGCCUCCAUCAUUCCAAUGCUUGAGUUUGAAGAACAACCUUGCUGUCCUGUCAUCAGAAAUUGGGCCAACAACUCACCUGUAAAAGGGAGUGAUAAUCUAGGGGAUUCUAAAAAUAAAAGAAGUUGUGAAGACCCUGAGAGUCCUGCAGCCAAGAAAAUGAGGCCCGGAACACCUGCCAGGUCACUCUCCAAUUGUGUAGCUCACCGUGGGACACAGGAAAGCAGUCCAGUCAAACCAGAUGUCAGCAGCUCUGAUCUCACCAAGGAAAAAAUGGAUGCUGUCAAUGGAAUAGCUCCAGGUAGCUUCAAGGUGGUGGAUGUAUAUAGAACGGGAGCCAAGUGUGUUCCUGGAGAAACUGGAGACUUGAGACAGCCAGGCGCUGCCUACCACCAAGUGGGGCUGCUUCGAGUUAAGCCCGGCAGGGGAGAUAGGACAUGCUCCAUGUCCUGCAGUGACAAGAUAGCAAGGUGGAAUGUCCUUGGAUGCCAGGGUGCACUGCUAAUGCAUUUCCUGGAGAAGCCCAUCUACCUGUCAGCGGUGGUCAUUGGGAAGUGCCCAUACAGCCAGGAAGCCAUGAGGAGAGCGUUGAUUGACAGGUGUCAGGAAGUCUUGGCUUUACCCAGAGGCUUUGGAGUUCACAAACUGAAAAUACAGCAGUCAGGUUUACUGUUUGAACAGAGCCGCUGUGCAGUGCAAGUGAAAAGAGCUGAUGGUCCGGGCCGACUCGUACCUUGUGGUGCAGCUAUCAGCUGGAGUGCUGUUCCUGAGCAGCCUUUGGAUGUUACAGCCAAUGGUUUUCCACAGGGAACAACAAAGAAAGAAAUUGGAAGCCCUCGGGCCAGGACCUCUCCCCUGUGUACCUCCUAUCUGCCUCCAACCACCAUCCAUCCUCCUCUGUUUUUACUCAGAAAAGGGCAAGCCUCCUGUGGAUAUCAGCCAGACAUGAUCCCGGAUCAGCAAGGUGGAACUCUUCAGAUCAUUCCAGAAGCUGCUGAACAGCAUUGCAGGAGACGAGCAGCCAGACUCCAUCAGUAUCUUAUAUGACGCAGACUAGCCUCAAACUUGCUGCAGAGCCAGCGAUGACCUUGAACAUUCCAGUCCUCCUGUUUCUGCCUCCAAUGUGCUAGGAUCACACGGAUGCCACCACCCCUGCUCUGUUCAGUUCAAAGGGACAAACACAGGGGUUCCUGCUAAGCGAGCAGUCUACUGCCCAGGCUAUCCCUGCCCAGAGUGAAGAAUUGGGUCAGUAUUGAAAGUGAUCAGAGGGCAAGGGGUGGGAACGUUUAUUAAACUGACUCAGGAGAACUCUAGUUGAAACUGGACUUAGAAAGCUUGGGCGGAACCCAAGGCCAAGUCAAGAGGAGGACUCGGAGGACUCGACUCACAUUUUAGACCUACCUAGUCUUAUCCGAAGAAAAUCUCCCAAGAAUUACAACUAGUCAGAGAGGAUAAAGGGGUGUCGAUUAGCAGCAUAUAGUAGAAUGUAGAUGUUACAGAAUGUUCUUAAAAGAAAAAACAGAGCCAAGAAAGUUCUUAAUCUCUAGAUCCUUGGGUGGAAACUUUAAGUCAGGACUGGAGAAGACAGCUUGUGAUAGUAGGAGGAGGCUGUCUAGCAUACUUGAAACUCUGUGUGAUCUUCCAUACCACAGAGAAAACUUUUAUCUGCUUGCACAUAGCCUGUACAUAGUCCAGGCUGCCCUGGAAUCGCAGAGAUCUGCCUGUCUCUGCCUCCUGUGCUGGGAUUAAAGGCAUGCGCCAGCACACCCAGCUAGUGUUCUGUGAUUCUAACUGGCUCCAGCACGUACUGCUUUAACAUGAAUUCCCUUUCAAGGAGACAGUGCUCCCUCUGCCCCUGCUCUGCUGUUUGGGUCUUUCCAGUUGUUCUAA